CAAUAUUUUCAAAAGACCGAUAGGACGGGAAUUUGUAAACAAAAGUUGUGCGAUGUCUUCUGCAAUUUCUUGUGUUUCUGUAAUGGAACUUAUUACAAUUUGUUAAUGCUCGGGGGAAAAAAAAAUUGAACUUAUGAGUGAAAGCUUACACUAAUGAAAUUGUCUGAAAAUUUCAAGCAUAAUUUUGUGUUUCAAAUUUAGGAUAACUGAUUCGUCUCGAAUAUUCUAACGAACAGCAGUCUACUAAAUUGGCCUUUUAACCUUAAAAAUAUAUUAAAGUAUUUCAAAAUUCAGAACUAUAAAAUUAUAUUCACAUUCUCAAAAUAUAUUUCUUGGUCUUUAAUCUAUUUUGAAAGUAUGUCUGCGAAUAGAUUCAUUAAACAUAGUUCAGUUAGUUUGAAACAAUUCAAUCACAAAUACUCCACAUUUAUUAGGAAAUCACCUGACAAUAGAUUUUUAAAAGGUGUAGCAUUUGGUGUGCACAAUAAAAGAAAUGUUGCUAUUCUUUUUCGAGUUGUCAAAGGAGCUUUAAAACUUCGAUAUAUAAUACUUGGAUCUGCUGUUGGUGGAGGUGUGCAACUCUCCAGGAAAUAUGAUGAAUGGAAAGAGAACCUUCCAGACUUCAGUUGGAUAGCAGAUUUAAUGCCUCCACCAGAAAAAAUUGAUUCGUAUAGAGAAAGAUUAUUGGAUCUUAAGAAUCAUAUUAAUUUACCAGAAAAAGGAUGGGCCAAGAAAAAUAUUGAUAUAUUUGCUAGUAAGUUGAAUGACUGGAAAGAGCUUUUAAAUGCCAACAAUCUCUCUGAUUUUAAUGAUGGUGAUCCAACAACCGAACUUGCAGAAGGUUUGCUUGCUAGUUAUGGAACAAAUAGCUCAUCUUUGCCUUUAGAUAUGGCUUUGCGGACAACAAUGUCAGCUACUUCUUCCUCAUUUAGAACUCCUGGCGAUUCUAGUCUGAAUGGUGAAAAAACAAGAAUAGACAAAUUGCAGGAAGAAUUGAUCAAUGUCCAAAUUAAAUAUCAAAAGGAAGUGGAACGAUUAGAAAAGGAAAAUAAGGAACUUAGGAAACAAAUCAUGCUAAAGUCAACUAAAUCAGAAUCAUCUAGGAAAAUAAAGAAAUCACUGAUUGAUAUGUAUUCAGAAGUUUUAGAUGAACUAAGUGAUUAUGAUUCUAGCUAUAACACACAAGAUCAUCUACCCAGGGUAGUUGUUGUAGGCGAUCAGAGUUCUGGUAAAACUAGUGUACUGGAAAUGAUUGCUCAAGCUCGGAUUUUUCCAAGGGGUGCUGGAGAAAUGAUGACAAGGGCACCUGUGAAAGUUACUUUAAGUGAAGGACCUUAUCAUGUCGCUUGUUUUAAGGAUAGUACCAGAGAAUUUGAUUUAACAAAAGAAAGUGAGCUUGCUGAUUUAAGAAGAGAAGUAGAAAUAAGAAUGAAAAAAAGUGUAGAAGGUGGUAGGACUGUGAGCAAUGAGGUUAUAUCCAUGACAGUCAAAGGACCUGGGCUACAAAGAAUGGUGCUGGUGGAUUUACCUGGAGUCAUUAGUACAGUGACCACUGAUAUGAUGGAUGGUACUAGGGAAGCGAUUCGAGAUAUGACACAGCUUUAUAUGAGCAAUCCUAAUUCAAUAAUUUUAUGUAUUCAAGAUGGAUCUGUAGAUGCAGAACGCAGUAUAGUCACAGAUUUGGUUAGUCAAAUGGAUCCCCAGGGACGUAGAACUAUUUUUGUUCUUACAAAAGUUGAUCUUGCAGAAAAAAAUUUGGCUGACCCUACUAGGCUAAAAAAAAUAUUAGAUGGCAAACUGUUUCCAAUGAAGGCUUUAGGAUAUUUUGCUGUUGUCACUGGCCGUGGUAGUCAAGAUGACAGUAUAAGCAUAAUUAAAAACUAUGAAGAAGAUUUUUUUAAAAAUUCUAAACUAUGCAGGACUGGAAUUCUCAAUACAUCUCAAUGUUCUACCCGAAAUCUUAGUUUUGCUGUUUCUGAUUGUUUUUGGAAAAUGGUGAAAGCAUCGGCAGAACAGCAAGCAGAUGCUUUCAAAGCUGCCCGGUUUAAUUUAGAAGCAGAAUGGAAAAAUAAUUUCCCUAGAAUCAGAGAAUUAGAUAGGGAUGAACUGUUUGAGAAAGCAAGAGGAGAGCUCCUUGAUGAAAUUAUCAAUCUAAGCCAGCUGUCUCCUAAACAUUGGGAAGAAACUUUGGCAAAAGAGCUUUGGAAAAAAAUGUCAGCAUAUGUUUUUGAAAAUAUUUAUGUGCAGGCUUGGCAGUCUGGCAGUGCUGGAUCAUUUAACACAGCCGUUGAUAUCAAACUGAAGCACUGGGCCGAUGAAAUGCUGCCUAAGAAAUCUGUAGAUAUUGGGUGGCAAACUCUACAAGAAGAGUUUCAUCAGAUAUUAGAAAAAUCUAAGUCAUCUAAGGAACAUGAUGAUAUUUUUGAUAAUCUGAAGGCAGCUGUAGUUGAAGAUGCUGUCCGUCAUCAUUCUUGGGAAGAUAAAGCAGUGGAUAUGCUACGUAUUAUUCAACUUAAUGCUCUUGAAGAUAGAGCUGUUCCAGAUAAGCAACAAUGGGAUUCAGCUAUAAAGUUUUUAGAAUCAAGUUUGAAAGAUAGACUUGAACAAACUAAUGCAUAUAUUUAUGAAAUGGAAGGACCUGGAUUUACUGAACGUUGGUUGCAUUGGCGUUAUAGAACUCCAGAACAACAAUUGUGGUCUAGCAUUAAACAAGAAAUAGAGAAAAUGUUUCAACGUUAUAAUUAUAAUCUGAAUACUUUGUUAAAUGCUGAUGAUCUGACUACAAUCAAAAGAAAUUUACAAUCGAAGGAUGUUGAAGCUGACUAUGACUUAAUUACACAAGUGUGGCACCCAAUUCAUAGGAAAUAUUUCUUAGAAAAAUCCUUACAGAAAGCAUAUGAUUGCAAGAGGGCUUUCUAUCUUUAUCAUCAAGGAUUAGAUUCCGAAAUUGAUUGUAAUGAUGUUGUCCUGUUUUGGAGAAUACAGAGAAUGCUUCAAACUACAUCAAAUGCAUUGAGACAGCAAAUUAUGAAUGCUGAAGCUCGAAGGCUAGAAAAGGAAAUCAAGGAGGUUCUUGAAGAUUACAGUCAAGAUGCUAAUAAAAAGAAGAAAUUGUUGACAGGCAGAAGAGUUGAACUAGCAGAAGAACUCAAACGUGUGAGACAUAUUCAAGAAAAACUAGAAGAAUUUGUUGCAGCGUUGCAUGCAGAAAGCUGAGCUAUAUAGAACUUAGUGAAAUUCUGAAAUUAUUUAUUUAUAUUUGCUGAUGUUCUGUAAUAUGAUAGCAAAAUUGAACAUUAAUUUUUCUCUUUGUAGAUAUAUCUUGUUGGAAUUAUGUAUGAAUUUUGAUUUACUCUUUAAAAUGUCAUUGCUUUUUUGUGUUCUAUACAAAUUCUAUAAUUGAAAUUUUUUAAUAGCAAUAAAUAUUUAACAGUUUUUUAAUUGCUAAAGAAAUUGAUUUAAUUUACUAGUGUAUGUAAGAAUGAUUAUGGAAAUAGAUUUUCUGUAUACCUUUUCAUUAAAAUUAUCCUUAUUUCAGUAAUAA